AGAGUACUCCGGAAUAAAAAAAGCUCUCUUCGAAAUUGAAAUAUAUGUGUAGUGUUUGGGGCUGGCGAUUUUGGUAGUCAUUGUGAAUCCAACUUCGAAAGUGUCCAGAUGGAGAACGGAUCCGUGAUUUUGAUCCGCCGUUGGCCGGCGAUGUUGUGCUGGCUGCUGCUCUGCCUCGUCCCGCUUACCAAUCAGCAACAAGCCCGCGCGGGAAACGUUGGAACCACGCAGUGGAGCGACGACGAGACCCACUUCAACCGAACUCUGGACUCGAUUUUGGUGCCACGGGUCGUGGGCAGCCGCGGGCAUCAGCAGGUACGCGACUAUCUGGUGCAAUCGCUGAACGGCCUUGGCUUCCAAACGGAAGUGGAUAAGUUCAAACAGCGGGUUCCCGUCCUCGGUGAGCUGACGUUCUCCAAUGUGGUCGGUACAAUUAAUCCUCAGGCUCAGAAUUUCUUGGCUCUGGCCUGUCACUACGACAGUAAGUACUUCCCGAAUGAUCCCGGAUUUGUGGGAGCCACGGAUUCGGCUGUGCCAUGUGCCAUUUUACUGAACACGGCCAAAACCCUGAGCGGGUAUUUGCAGAAACAGUUUCAGAAUCGCAACGAUUUGGGACUGAUGCUUAUCUUCUUUGACGGAGAGGAGGCUUUCAAAGACUGGACCGAAACGGAUUCGGUUUACGGAUCAAAGCACCUGGCAUCCAAACUGGCCAGAACCAGAAGUGGCGCCCAAGUAGCCGGAAAACAGGCUCCUCGUAAUAUUGAUCGUAUAGAAGUGCUCGUGUUGUUGGAUCUUAUCGGUGCCCGUAAUCCAAAGUUCUCCAGUUUCUAUAUGAAUACCCAUGGACUUCACUCCAGCCUGGUGCAGAUUGAGAUGAAUCUGCGUGCCGCCGGAAAACUGGAGGGAAAUAAUAAUAUGUUUUUGAAUCAGAUAAGUGGUGGCUUAGUCGAUGACGACCAUCGUCCCUUCUUGGAAGACAAUGUUCCUGUCCUGCACUUGGUGUCCACUCCUUUUCCAGAUGUUUGGCACACGCCUCGCGACAAUGCCGCCAAUCUUCACUGGCCGUCCAUUCGUAAUUUUAACCGUGUUUUCCGUAGUUUUGUGUAUGAGUACCUACAUCGCCACACCGCCCCUGUUAAUUUGCGUUAUUAUUGAACUUAGUCUUUGUAUUGUUGUAUGUCUAAGAUUUAUUAAGCAUAAGUGUGGUUUGUUUUUUUUGUUUAUAAAAGAAUCCUAAAGCA